GCCUUCGUAGACAAUGCUUUCUCGAGCUUUAUUAUUAGCUACUUUUCUGACGGUGGCCUGCGUUUCCCAAGUUAUGGGAAUGGGUGUUAUAGUCCCAGGAACCAAGUGGUGUGGUCCUGGCAACGUGGCCGACAACUAUGAUGACCUCGGCAGUGAAAGGGAGCUGGACAUGUGUUGUCGCGCUCAUGACAAUUGCAAAGAGAAGAUAUCACCUUACGAGGAGGCUUUUGGUCUUCUAAAUGACGGUGUAUUUCCCAUUUUCUCCUGUGAAUGUGAAGCUGCGUUCCGCGGAUGUCUCACUGGUCUAAAAAACUACCAAUCCCUGGCACUUGGACGCAUAUACUUUAGCAGCAAGGAGGUGUGCUUCGGCUUCGGAUAUCCUACUGUUUCCUGCGUGGAGCACCAAAGGCAUCUGUUCGAGAAGCGCUGCUUGAGCUACCGCGUGGACGAGGGAAAGCCCAAGACCUGGCAGUUCUACGACUUGGCUCUCUACACACACGUCACCGGUAGCGAGGAGGAUUCGGAUGCUUGAACCCAGGAUUGACCUACGUUGAUAAGCUUUAAUUUAUUGUACAACUUGAAUUGUAGCCAAAACAAAACAGAAAAUGAUUACUUAGCUUUUUGAUUAUGCGAUGUAUGUAGUUAUUUUGUAAACAAAAAUAAAAAAUAGGCUCAAUUUUAA